AGUCUGCUAGGGCAAGCACAGCCUCCAUCCAGUACCACCGGAUCCAUGCAGGCAAAUACGAGAAGACCUCACAGUCUCUGACCUAUCUUUCCAUCCAUUCCAUUCCAUCCUUCCUUCAAGUUACCCAUAUUUUUUCUUUGUCUGCCUGCCCUUGUCCCUUUAUAAGUCUCACCUCCCGUCAGUGCCGUCACACAACCUUUACUCUCGUGACUCCAUCCACCUCCGUAUUACUCACUCUCGCUUUUCUGUCUUUGUUAUUUCCUCUAUCGUUUAAUUUAACAUCGUAUCCCAGCUCAGCCUUGGCUCGUCGAUCUCACUCUCGCUCACGCAACUCAUUUGGCAUUAAACGAUUCUAUCUACUGCAGAUACAGAAAAAGUCUUGUUAUUCUUCGUCUCACACCUAUUCGUUCAGAGUCACAAACGACGAUUUGACACAACUCUUGAUCACACAUAUCCGCAUUCCUCACUUGGCUGUGUAUCGCUCUGGAAGUUCGCGUCAGCGACCAGUUUAAAGCGCCAUUACGUCUUCGUUCCCCUUAGUAGUUGCGAGCCAGGACGACAACCUCGACAUAUCUCAGCUGGCAUAUCCUGCUUACCCAAUCAACCUUUCUUUUCGCGAAACACUCAACAUACUCGGUCGCCAUGUACAUGACACGCCUUGUGAAGCUGCUAAUGGUAGCUCUCGCCGUUGUCUGCGUCGCUCAGGCAUCAUGGAUUGAUCUCAACAAGAUUCACUUGCGGGAGCGUCGACUCGUCCGCAGAGCGAGCCCAAGCCAGUCUGACGACUCCCAACCAAGCGCAACUGCACCUAACAGCAACCCUUCAGCUACUCAAGCAGACCCAGCAUCCGAUCCUGCUCCUACUGAUGCAGCUGACCCUACCUCGGACGACUCUGCCAAAACCGACGCUGAGGCUACUCAGGCUACUAAUGACCAAACGAAACCAUCUGCCACUGAUGCUGAGCCUACCAACAACGAUUCCGCGAAGACAACCGCUGCUGAGGCCUCUCCCACAAACGCUUCUCCCACCAGCAAGCCUGCCGAAAAGUCUAGUGCUGCUGACACCAAGCCCUCCGAGACAGCCGCUGCCACACAAUCUGAGGCUACCGACAACGUCGAGUCAUCGGCUUCUGCCACUGACGCCAAAACCGCUGCUCAGUCCACAGCCAACUCCCCAGCAGCCACCAGCACCUCCAGCAACAAUCAGAACAAUGACGACACCAGUAGCACCGCCAGCGAGAACAACGAUGAGGCUUCCAGCACUGCGGCCGAGAAGAACACACGAACUACCGCUAGGCCUGUGACCUCUACGCAUAUCGCCGUCGUCACAAGGACAAACAGCGAUGGCAAUCUUGAGACCAUGACCACUACCAGUGUGUCUACGUCAACACCUGGUCUGAGCGACGGUGAUGACGACGGAAGCUCUUCAGGCAUGUCGGCCAAGACCCGCAACACAGUCAUUGGAGUUGUUGUUGGUAUUGGUGGUGCAAUUGUCGUUGGUGCACUCGGCCUCGUCGCCUGGCGAAUUUGGGGACGCAAGAAGCACCAAGAAGAAGCCGAUGGUCUCAUGGACUUCAACGAGAACAAUAGCCGUCCUAGCAGCAACGGCCCUUACCACAGCGUUGAGAAGACUGAGUACGGCAGUGUCGGGAGCUCAGGGCCUCAACGCAGCCCAUUCCAAUCCACGCUGGACACUUAUCACCAACCAACGCCCGUGAACGCCUCGUCCAACUUUUAACGACAUAGUCUCAUAAUCUCUUUGCAUCAUUGAUAAAAGCAUUCUCUUUUCCUUUAUUUUCCACAUAUUCCACAUCGAGGUCAUAGGCGUUUCGGGCACGAAUAUUUUUUUUCGCAGGGGGGUCAUAUAGAAAGUGCUGUACGAAUUUGAUAACGAAAGUCACGGCUGCAAUCGUCUGAAGCAGCAUAUAUCCCGGGGUCCCAGAACUUUGCGGUAUUUGGGGCGCAUCAUUUACAGUAUGCAUGAUCUAGUACACGGUUCCAGUUUUUGAGUUGUCUGGGCUUGAUCAUACUGCAUAUAACAUAUUCUUCUUCCCUCCCGCAGCCACGCCAAUCAUCUGCUACUUGAUAGGAUUGUUGUAUGGAGAGACUCAAUUAAUAAUAUCUCAAGCCUGGCUUGUAUAAUGCGUUCUUGAAGUCGAGCAUGAGUGAGGUAGAUCUUUAUGAGUGUACAUGAGGCAAUGUUCCUGCAAAUAUGCGAUGAGGUUGACAAUUGUUGAUUCGACAGUGCCUUUAUUGUCUCUAAGGUUGAUACUAAAGGUUUUCUCCUGCGAUGAAGGCUAUGUCGUAUGAUACACACUGUAGUGAGGGCUUUGCUCUCCCAUAUUGCUCGAUCUGACGUCGUAGACUUCGUGGGGAUUGCCUUGAGUAACCGAUAGUGGUACAAAGCAUCAGACUUCACAUUAUGAGCAACGAAAAUACCACUUGCUUUCAGUAGUCGAGGGCCGUCCGAAUAUAUCACACAUUUUUUUCACGCUACACAUCUAAGUUCGUUGCUUGUGUGGCAUUAUAUUACCAAUCACGGUUUAACGGCCACUAAGUUCCCGUAUAAAGGUGGAACAGUGAACCACUUGGUUGACCGUCUCCUGCUCAUGCACCGUAAAUGUAUCCUGGACUCGGAUCUUUUGUUUGCGGUACAUGCAUUACUAAGGAAAUCAGGUAAGUCUGUAGAGUGAGCAAAGUGAAUGGGCUCAGAGCUACUUUCAAUUUGAUGGACCAUAGGUAACCACGCAUUCCAUGGUGCCAAACAGGACGUUGGAUUUGAUAUAGGGUAAACGCACCAAAUUUAGGCUGCACCAGGCUCAGCCCAGCAUAGAAGUCCUUGUAGGCCUGAAGCGGAAAAGCCGACAGCCCGGGUUCCUGACCUGGCAUUCCAAAGGUUAACGACGGUGGAGGCCCAAGCUAGCUCAAGGUACGGGCGGGUGCGGCCCCGACCUUUUUAGGGGUCCUAGUGGAGAGGUCAGAAAAAAAGAAAGGGGCAAAAAUUGACUUUCGAUUCCUGAGAUCUCAGUACGAGAAAGGAAGGGUCUGGAGUUAGAUGGAUAUGGUUAUUAAACCUCUCAUUCCGUUGGUAUAUCACGAUGAUUUGUAUGUAUACGAGUUAGGGUUGGCUUGGUAGGUACGGAGUAGUAUGAUGAGUUGUUAAACCUGAACCCGACCUAAACUCCGGGGAAAUGAUUGACCUGGACUGAUUCAAUCCGAACCCACUUGUCAAUCGACUUAUCCCAAGAUGGAUGGGAUUGAGCAGGCAUGUUCAUCCUCGAACCAUGGAAGAAGAAAUGGAAGAACAUCGGAACCCUGGUUCAACAGUCAUGUCGUCAAGUCGUGUACCGACGCAGGCGUUGACGGCCAGUAAUGCAACACCUGCUGCUCCAAUUCGACGGCAAUAAAUCAGGAGCAAAUGAAGAGAAGCCUUAGUGACAACGAAGCAACCGAUCGCCAGUGCUUGACCAGUUGUCGUGCUCUAGAAUGCUGAAGACGGGUCGUGUUGAAACUGCUAGUCAGGUACCUAGGAAAACGAUGAAUGAUACACCAUCAAAGCGCAAUUCGCAAUGCAGACAAAGGUAUUCCUUACCAACCUAUCGUCUGUCGAGUUCUUCGCUUCGAAAUUCUUCCAAGAUGCCAGGGGUCCUUGGCGAAAUUACAUACGUCGUGGCCAGUGCGGGUACCGACUAGAGCGGG